AUGCCCGUUUACAACUGUGAUAAAGCGGUUCAGUUGGCAAACCAAUUUGGUUCUCUCCCGAAGUCAUAUGUUACGUGGCAGUAUGAAUUGGGGAUAGUCAUGAGGCUUGCGGAAGAUGGCCCCAGUCACAUCAGAACUUACCAUCCCGGCGGUUCCCCGACAUCACUGGCUUCUACUGGCCACAGCAUGAUUGAUGAUGACUGGAGACUUGACGCGGCAGAAUCGGGCGAUUUUAUUUUGGUAUACCACUGGACACCCCAUCCACGGCCAUUGACAAUCUAUCCCGAGGUUGACGAACCUUCGGAGCCGGCCUAUCUGGACAGCACGAAAACCUUCGAGGAGCUGUGUAUGAAGGCCAUGAGCAGGCAUGCAGCUCAUGGCAACCCAAAGGGCCACCAGACGCCCAAGGUAGAUACUAGCAGUAGCCGCACCAGUGUGGGAGAAUCUUCUAGACUCCAACCGCGUCAUCGACGCUUGUCCAUGACAAGCAGCAGGCCACUGGAACGAGAAGAGGCCCAAAAAGACGAUGAGGACCAAGGAAGCUCUCGUCCUGCGCUUCGAAGCCUGCCCCGUCAACGGCGCCUAUCGCUCACGCAAGACAAACCGGCAGGCCAAAUUUCUUGCAGACGAGACGUAGAGUCCAGCGUUCCGCUGGCAACAGGUGCCAGAGACCAACAAGUACCACCUCCCUCGCCAGGCAUCGCUAUGCAGUCCCAAAAGCUCGUAUCACGCGGUCGGGGACCGUCGCAUUCAUCGCCCCAGAAUCAAGCUUCCCAACCUAGGAGCAUGCCUGUGGAGUCCUUGCCAGAUGAAGGGCACAUAGAAGUAAAUCUCCUCGUCGCAGAGACGAGACCCAACCUGAGGCAGACCGACGUUCCUGCUCCCCCUUGCGUCGUAGGCGACGACAAAGGGGUAAUGAUCACUACUCCCCGCCCAACGAGCGCGGAGGUCAGAGGCAUAGAAGCCGGAGCCCGCGCCUCCGGUCACCAUUGCCGGUGCAGCGCCCUCCCUCUCCUCCAGCCAGACAAAGAGGACGUCGCCGAAGACGGCAAAAGCCAUCACGGUACUUCCAUUAUUGAAAGCUGUACUGAUGAGCCGAUAUCUCCUUCAGCGACGGCCGCCAAAUCAGAAAGACCAUGA